AUGAAGUUCUUGGCAGCAUCAGUGUUGAUUGCCGCUUUAGCUGUAAUAUCUGCAGAACGUUUCUAUUCUGUUGUGUUGGAAGAAUGGGAGACAUUUAAGCUUGAAUAUGCCAAGAAAUACACCACCGAUGUCGAAGACAAAUUCCGCAUGAACAUCUUCAUGGAGAACAGACACAAGAUUGCUGCACACAACAAACUGUUUGCAACAGGACACAAACCAUACAGGCUCAGAAUGAACAAGUAUGGUGACAUGCUUCAGGAGGAGUUUUUGUCAACAAUGGCUGGUUUCCAUAAGAACCACACAGAAAGAUAUACAUUAAACAGCAAGUACAAUGGUUCCCAUUACAUUGAGCCAGAUGAUGAUGUUGUCCUUCCCAAGACUGUUGACUGGAGAGAGAAGGGAGCAGUCACCCCAGUAAAGGACCAGGGACACUGUGGAUCAUGCUGGGCCUUCUCAGCUACUGGGUCCCUGGAAGGUCAACACUUCCGCAAGACUGGUAAGCUGGUGAGUCUCUCUGAGCAGAACUUGAUUGACUGUUCCUCCAAAUAUGACAAUGAUGGUUGUGGCGGAGGACUGAUGACCGCUGCUUUCAAGUACAUUGAGGACAAUGGUGGGAUUGACACUGAGGAGGCCUAUCCAUAUAAGAAAAAGGAAGGAAAGUGUCAGUAUAACCCGCAAGAAUCUGGUGCUAGAGUGACUGGCUUUGUUCAUAUUCGUACGGGAAGUGAAGAUGCUCUGAAGAAAGCUGUUGCCACAGUUGGACCAAUAUCUGUUGGCAUUGAUGCCUCACAUGGCUCAAUCCAGUUUUACCACCAUGGUGUUUAUGACGAGCCAGAAUGUAGCACGACGGAGCUUGGUCAUGGUGUUCUGGUUGUGGGUUACGGCACCACGGAGGACGGAACUGACUACUGGCUGGUGAAGAACUCUUGGGGUACAAGUCUGGGUGAUGAAGGCUACAUCAAGAUGAUGAGGAACCGUGAUAACCAGUGUGGCAUUGCUACUUCUGCCUCUUUCCCUCUUGUAUAAACACUCGUAGAGGCCAAUGUGAGG